AUGAGCACACCCUUACCGUUUUAUAUACGCCUCUUGCCUCCUUUGCCUGGCACAAGACCAGCACCGAAGCUUAUCAACUUUCCGGUCUUGCUCAUCGUAAAACUGAACCAAAUUUGUCAAAAACAAAAAUAUUUGCGUACAAAAACAAUUUUUAUUGAUAACCUGAUAAGAUCCUCUUUAAAAAAGGAACUGUGGAUGUUUUUAGUACUUUCCGUUUCACUUACUUACUUACCUAGUCCUUCUCAGCCUGCGGCCCAGAUUUCGGCCCAACCCAAGCCCGGCCCAGACUUCCAAGCUUUUUGGUCUUGCCCUUACACUAACUACUUCUUUUUGUUUCAGGUCAUGGACUCCCAAGGCUCAAAAUCCUCGAAUAAUCAAGUGGCGACUUUCGCGGACCAUCAGGUUCAAGCUCAUUGUGAUAGCAGCAGCGUUCGCCAAGUUGAAGUCAAGAUCACACAUGAAACGGCUACCUAUAAAAGUGGCCUUCAGAAGGAAAAGGAGACCCAUUCAGUGACUGUGAAGAAGAAGUGAUUUUGGUGUUUUUUGGAGCUCUUGAAUAAAUAUUCUAAUAUAU